CCUCCGAGACCCGGCCCGGGGUGGAGGCGCCUCUAAAACGAGAACCGCGGCUUCAGGAGAAUCCAAACGUGCAGAAGCAGAGUGACGCCCUCCCCGUCCGCGGCCUUUCCUCUCUCACCUGCUCCCUGAGGUCCUUAAAGCAAAGAUUAGGCCACAUGUCGUUUGCCCGUAGGAAGGUUCUGGAAGUCCUGGUAGUCUGCAGCCCCCGCACCCCCCCCCCAGGACCAAGGUCCCUGUGGCCUGUGCCACGGCCCUGCUCCAGCCUGUGGCCUCAGCACACGUGUCCCGGGUCUGGCGCGCGCGGAGGGCCAAGGUCACCCUGACUUCCCACUCCGCUUCGGCAAAUCUUUGCUGAGCCCCUGCUCUGUGAGCGAGACCGGCUCCCCGGUCGGUCGGCCGCAGUCCCGUGGGAGAGGCACGGUGGGUCCUUGAGGGCGGUCGCAGAGUUCACGCACGGCCCUGAAAUCAGUAUGGGGUGCCUUCGUGGUUCCUUGGGAGGCACGUGGUGUGACACGCCCGCCCCCCGCCGAGGGAGGCCCAGGUCGCACGCUGGCCUCUUGUUACCUCUCGUUUCGCACGUGCUGCAGACGGGUGCCCUCCGCAAGGUACGUUUAGUGCUGCCAGGUCGUAUUAACUUAAACGGUCUGUCCCUUGGAGGGAGAGCACAAGAGCGGUGGGGAGGGGCAGAGGGAGAGGGAGUCUCAAGCCGACUCCUCGCCGAGCGCGGAGCCGACGUGGGGUCCGAUCUCACGACCCUCAGGUUACCACCUGAGCCGAAAUCAAGGGUCGGACUCUCAGCGGGCUAAGCUACCCAGGCGCCCUGUUUUUGCAGUUUUGCACUUUUGUUGGUGAUUUCGGUGUUCAGAGCAGCCCCUAAGCACAGCGGCGCUUUGUGGUGUUCUGCGCUCAGCAAGGCGGUGAGGUGCCUCUUGGAGAAAAUAGGUGUUUGUUCGGGAGUGAGCUGCAGUGCUGUUGGCUGUGGCUUCAGGGGUCACGAAUUAACAGUAUGUGUGAAGUAAGGCGUCUCCGACAGAAAGACCUAGAACGAGGCCCGGUGUUGAUGCGCUUGGGACUCCCACCAGCUAUACAGUGGCUGUGCCAAGGGCCAGCACCGGAACCUUUGCCCAACCACGUGUAGGCAUCAGGCCCAGCACGUGCAAAGGCCCUGAGGCCAUUGGGGCUGCAGCAGAGUGCACCGCGAGGGCUCCAGGCACCUGGAUGGAUUUGAAGGCAGAGGCGCACCCCCGAGGGCGUGCUGACAGGCUGGAUGUGGACGGAGAGAGGCCUGGACGACCCUGGGUUUCUGGCUGAGCACCUGCGAGGACGGCCCUGCCGGGGAGGGAGACGUGGAGGAGUGGGCUUCGGGGGGACGCCAGCGGCUUGUUGGGGAGUUGGGCUGGAGAGGCUCAGGCGGACAGGUGCUGAGUGGGUGCGUGUGCCUGAACAUCGGGGCGCCCGAGGCAGUUGUCAGCAGAGACGUGGAGCCGAAGCCUCAGGAGCAGGGGCCGCGCCCCUCGGGCGGACACCCCUGACGCCCCUGCCCUUUGCUCCCACAGUGCUCGAGGCGCGGGUGCGGCAGCUACAGGCCGAGUGCGUGUCCGAGGUGACGGUGAAGAGGGUCGGCGUGGCCCGGCCGCGGGCCCCCGGGAAGGCCCAGCGCAGGGCCGAGGGCGCGGCUGGGCGGACGAGCGGCCGCUGGGCCCAGAAACUGGACGAGGAGAAGUGGACGCUGCAGAAGCGCAAGCAGCAGCUGGAUGUGAAGCUGCAGGGGCACGCGCAGCCGGAGGCGUGUGAGCGCGCCCUGCGGGUGCUGCCCCGCCUGCUGGACGCCGGGCUGGCCUGCCACCUGGAGCUCGGGGAGCCCCGGGCGCCCCACAGCCGCUGGGAGGAGAAGCUGGCGCGCCUGCUGCACGAGACCCCGCGCAAGCCGAGCCGCAAGGCCGAGCAGGCCCCCCAGGCCGGGGCCGCCUCGGCGCGCCUGGAGGUCCAGCAGCACCGGCUCCUGGCCUUCCUGGACUGCUGCCUGCGCACCGGCCACCUGCCGCUCGCCCACCACGUGCUGGUCACGCACCACGGCCGGGCCCGGCAGCAGCAGCAGCUCACGCUGGCCAUGUACAACGUCGUCCUGCUGGGCUGGGCCCGCAAGGGUUCCUACAAAGAGCUGCUGUACGUGUUCUUCAUGGUGAAAGACGCGGGCCUCACCCCAGACCUGUUGUCCUACGCGGCUGCCCUGCAGUGCAUGGGACGCCUGGACCAGAGCACCACCACCAUCCAGAGGUGCCUGGACCAGAUGGGCCAGGACGGGCUGAAGCUGCAGGAGCUGUUCACCUCCGUGCCGCUGUGCCAGGAGGAGCGGGCCCUGGUUCUGAGGGCGGUGCGCAAGGUGCAGCCCACCUUCAGGCCCCCGCCGCCACCCCAGUGCCCGCCCCAGGUCAACACCUCGCCGCUGCUCCGGGAGAUCUAUGCCACGAGCGACCCCGUGUCAUACCCGAAGCUGCACCUGCCCCUGGAGAAGCUGCAGAGCCUCUUCCAAGAGCAGCUGCGCGUGGAGAUGGCCACCACCGUGCCCGUGGAGUCCGUGGAGAAGGCCCGGGUGCUGACCAAGGAGGUCCUGCAGGCGCGGGACACCCUGAAGCAGCUGCGCGCCGAGUGGGCACAGGCGCUGUGCCUGGGGCUGCAGGACAUGAAGGCCAGCGAGGCCCGCGCCGCCCGCACCGGCCGCCCCUCGCUCUUCCCGUUCCUGUGCGUGCUGACUGAGAAGGAGAUGGCCGAGCUGCUGCUGCAGACCUUGCAGGUGCUGCCCCCGCAGGGAGAGUCGCUCCUCUCCCUGGCACAGCAGCUGGGCAUGCGCGUCUUCAACCGACACAUGGUGCAGAGGAAGCAGCUCAGCAGCCAGGUGCAGGCUCUGCAGCAGCGCUACUACCGCUACCUGCACCUGCUGGCCUCAGACACCCAGGUGGCGACGCCCCACCUACCCCGGCAGUACUGGGAGGCGCUGGGGCCACCUGAGGCCCCCCACGAGCAGCCCUGGCCCUUGCCGGUGCUGGUGGAGCUGGGCAAGAGGCUGGCCGAGCUGCUGGUGGAGACCGUGCGGAUACCGGGCAGCCUGGCCGCCCCGCAGGGCGCCUGCACGCUCAUCCCCGUGCUGUACCACGUGUACUCCUUCCGCAGCUUCCGCCAGAUCGGCAUCCUGAAGCCACACCCCGCCUUCACAGAGCUGCUGGCCGCCGCCGCAGAGCACACGCUGGUCUUCGAGGCGGCCGAGGUGCCCAUGCUGUGCCCGCCGCUGCCCUGGACGUCGCCGCACACGGGCGCCUUCCUGCUCAGCCCCACCAAGCUCAUGCGCUCGUUGGAGGGCACCAUGCAGCACCAGCGCCUGCUGGACAGCUGCCCACCCGCCGAGCUGCACGGCGCGCUGGACGCCCUCACGCAGCUGGGCAACUGCGCCUGGCGCGUUAACGGCCGCGUGCUGGACCUGGUCCUGGAGCUCUUCGCCGCCAAGGGCUGCCCCCGCCUGGGCGUGCCGGCCCCGCCCUCUGAGGCGCCCCGGCCACCCGAGGGCCGCCUGCCCCCCGACGCUUCGCCCGCGCAGAAGGCCGAGGUGCGGCGGGAGCUGGCCCGCUGCCUGAAGGUGGCCCGGGAGAUGCACAGCCUGCGCUCCGACGCGCUCUACCGCCUCUCGCUGGCCCAGCACCUGCGGCACCGCGUCUUCUGGCUGCCGCACAACAUGGACUUCCGCGGCCGCACCUACCCCUGCCCGCCGCACUUCAACCACCUGGGCAGUGACCUGGCACGCGCCCUGCUGGAGUUUGCCCAGGGCCGCCCGCUCGGCCCCCACGGCCUCGACUGGCUCAAGAUCCACCUGGUGAACCUCACGGGGCUCAAGAAGCACGAGCCGCUGCAGGCACGCCUGGUCUUCGCCGACGAGGUGAUGGACGACAUCCUGGACUCUGCCGACCGGCCCAUGACGGGCCGGAAGUGGUGGAUGGAGGUGGACGAGCCCUGGCAAGCCCUGGCUUGCUGCAUGGAGAUCGCUCGGGCCAUGCGCUCCCCCGACCCCACGGCCUUCGUGUCUCAUUUCCCGGUUCACCAGGACGGCUCCUGUAACGGGCUGCAGCACUACGCCGCCCUGGGCCGCGACAGCAUCGGCGCAGCCUCGGUCAACCUGCUGCCCUCAGACUUUCCGCAGGACGUGUACAGCGGGGUGGCUGCACAGGUCGAGGUGUUCCGCAGGCAGGACGCCCAGCGGGGCGUGCGGGUCGCCCAGGUGCUCGAUGGCUUCAUCAGCCGCAAGGUGGUCAAGCAGACGGUGAUGACCGUGGUGUACGGGGUCACCCGCUACGGGGGCCGCCUGCAGAUCGAGAGGCGCCUGCGGGAGCUCAGCAACUUCCCCCAGGAGUUCGUGUGGGAGGCUUCCCACUACCUGGUGCGCCAGGUGUUCAACAGCCUCCAGGAGAUGUUCUCGGGUACCCGGGCCAUCCAGCACUGGCUGACCGAGAGCGCCCGGCUCAUCGCGCAGACGGGCUCGGCCGUGGAGUGGGUGACACCCCUGGGCGUCCCCAUCAUCCAGCCCUAUCACCGGGACUCCAAAGUGAUGAUCGGUGGUGGCAUCCAGAGCCUCACGUUCAGCAAUAGUGGGGACACGACCCAGAAGCCUAACACGCUGAAGCAGAAGAACGGCUUCCCCCCGAACUUCAUCCACUCGCUGGACUCCUCGCACAUGAUGCUCACAGCCCUGCACUGCUACAGGAAGGGCCUGACCUUCGUGUCCGUGCACGACUGCUUCUGGACCCACGCGGCUGACGUGGCCGUCAUGAACCAGGUGUGCCGCGAGCAGUUUGUCCACCUGCACAGCCAGCCCAUCCUGCACAACCUGUCCAGGUUCCUGGUGAAGCGAUUCUGCUGCAGCUCCAGGUCCCUGAAGCACCCUAAGAACUCGUGGAUUGGCAAGCUGCAGGACACGCUGAAGGCGGUGCCGGACACAGGGGCCUUCGACCUGGAGCAGGUGAAGCACUCCACUUACUUCUUCAGCUGACGCAGCCCGCGGCGGUCCCCAGCCAGGUCCCAGGCGGGUCCCCAGGCAGACGCCGCGCGGGAGCCCGCCCUGUACCAUAGUGUAAAUAAAGCUCUGUUGCCACCCGUGGGA